UAACAAGAACUUGCCUUGACCUGCUCAUCACUCGCCCAAGAACGACUCUCCCAUCCACUCCCUACAAACCGCCACAAUGACAGUCACUCAAAGCAACCUCUUCGCCCCCCUUUCCCUCGGCAACCACACUCUCCAACACCGCCUCGCCCUCGCGCCCCUCACCCGUUUCCGCGCGACCGAUGCCCAUGUUCCCCUCCCCAUGGCAGCAACCUACUAUGCCCAGCGCGCCUCUACUCCCGGCACCUUCCUCAUCACCGAAGCGACGUAUGUCUCUCCUGCCGCUGUUGGCUACAAGCAUGCCCCGGGAAUCUACAACGCCGCCCAGAUUGCCGCCUGGAAGCCUGUCACCGAAGCCGUGCACGCCCGUGGGGGUAUCAUCUUCAGCCAACUGUGGGCUCUUGGGCGCACUGCGGACAAGGAAGGCGCCGAGAGUGAGGGACAGACUGUCAAGGCACCUAGCGCCAUCGCGGCGCCCGGUGGUGCGCUUCCAGAGGCUCUCACGGAGGAGGAGAUCCAGCAGUACAUCCGCGACUAUGCGCAGGCAGCGCGCAACGCCAUCGAGGCCGGUUUCGACGGCGUGGAGGUCCACAACGCGAAUGGAUACCUUCCCCACGAGUUCCUGGAGGAAGUGAGCAACCAGCGCACCGACCACUGGGGAGGGAGCGUCGAGAAGCGCUCACGCUUCGGAAUCGCGGUCGUCAAGGCUGUUGUUGAGGCUGUUGGUGCCGAGAGGGUCGGUAUCAGAUUGAGCCCUUACUUCAAGGGGUACGGAAUGAACGCUGUUGAUCCGACCGAGCAGUUCACGUACUUCGUGAAUGAGCUUAAGAAGUUCGAUCUCGCUUACCUGCAUCUUGUCGAGGGCCGAUUCGAUGGGACCAAGGAGGAGAGGGACUCUGUCCGCUUCCUGGCCGAGGUAUGGGGUAAGGAGAAGCCAUUGUUGAUUGCUGGUGGAUUCGAUGGCGAGAGCGCAAAGGAGCUCGUGAAGGAGUAUGAGGGUUUCAAGCUUGUCGUUGUCUUCGGGCGCCACUUUAUCGCGAACCCAGAUUUAGUGUUCAGGAUCCGCGAGGGACUAGCGCUGACGCCGUACAACCGCAAGACGUUCUACAACGCCAUGCAAGAAGAGGGGUACACUGAUUAUCCCUUCAGCAAUGAGUUCUUGGCCAGCAGAGAGGCGCCAUUAGAGAUUAAGAGCAAGGCUUGAGUGGGAAUGGUUUUUGCAUAGCGUGGGUAUGGGAGUUUAGACUUGUUUUGCAAUUUGAUACCAAAUUAUAUCGUUGACUCGAGUCUAGCCUUUGAAAAAAAGUGUGACUGUACAGUAGACCACAUCGUAAGGUCAACCUACAAAAUACUAACAGUUAAGAAUGUGUAACAUAGUUCGGUCAUACUUGUACAGGCUUAAGAGUCUUCGUGGGUGCGUCUUGCCCACACAUAAGAGAG